CAAUCAGGCUCUGUUAUUGUAUCUUCGAUUCAUUUUUAUCUCUGGAAAAUAGGAGAAAAAACUUGGAAUUCAUCUCAUUUCUCAUUUGAUUUUGUAAACCUGUUGCUGUUCCUUUGGAAUUUCGACACUCUAAUUUCCCUUCUUUUUUUGACCGCCUUUACCAAAAGAAAAGUCUCUGUCUUUUUUCCCCCUGACUAAUACGAGUCAAUUUUUUGGAUCCUUUCCUUAAUUUAUUUCUGGGUAUAUUGUCUGCACUCUCCCUGUAAAAAACCAAGGAAAAAGACUACUUUCUUAUAUUCUUUGUUACCGAUUUUAUAAAAACAGAUCUUUUUCCUUAGGAACCUCCAUGAUUGCGGAGAAGAACAGUCCCAAGAGACGACGUUCGCUGAAAAAUAGGUGAAAUUCGGCUUAAGGUGAUUAGAAACGUUAACGUUUUAAAAUGGAGGCGAAACCCGAACCCGAAUGUAGCAACCCGGUCAAAAAGCCGGGACCCGUCACAAUGGAUCAUGUCCUCCUGGCAUUACGCGAGACGAAGGAAGAAAGGGAUUUGAGGAUUCGGAGUCUGUUCAAUUUUUUCGAUGCGGCCAAUGUGGGAUUCUUGGAUUAUGCUCAGAUCGAAAUGGGUCUGUCGGCGCUGCAGAUUCCGGCCGAGUACAAGUACGCCAACGAUCUGUUGAAAGUUUGUGAUGCCAACAGAGAUGGGCGCGUGGAUUAUCAGGAAUUCAAAAGGUAUAUGGAUGAUAAAGAGCUUGAACUUUAUAGGAUUUUCCAAGCUAUUGACGUGGAACACAAUGGCUGCAUUUUGCCUGAGGAGCUUUGGGAUGCGCUUGUUAAAGCCGGGAUUCAUAUCGAUGAUGAGGAGCUUGCACGAUUCGUAGAGCAUGUUGAUAAGGACAACAAUGGGAUUAUAACAUUUGAAGAAUGGAGGGAUUUCCUUUUACUCUAUCCUCAUGAAGCUACCAUGGAGAACAUCUAUCAUCAUUGGGAAAAGGUUUGCCUUGUAGAUAUCGGAGAAACGGCUGUUAUUCCUCAGGGCAUCAGUACACAUGUUAAGAGAAGCAAGUAUUUUAUUGCAGGAGGAAUAGCUGGAGCAGCUUCUCGCACUGCAACUGCUCCUCUCGAUCGGCUCAAGGUUGUUUUACAAGUGCAAACUACAAACACUAAUAUUCUGUCAGCUGUAAAUAAGAUAUUGAAGGAAGAUGGUGUUUUGGGGUUUUUCCGAGGCAAUGGGUUAAAUGUUGUCAAGGUAGCUCCUGAAAGUGCUAUAAAGUUCUAUGCAUAUGAAAUGUUAAAGAAUGUAAUAGGAGACAGUACAGGGGAUAAGAGUGGUGAUGUUGGUACCAGCGGGAGACUUCUUGCCGGUGGUUUAGCCGGUGCCGUGGCACAAUGUGCUAUCUACCCAAUGGAUCUUGUAAAAACUCGAUUACAGACUUGUGCUUCUGAAGGUGGAAAGCCACCAAAGUUGGCGAAAUUAACAAAGGAUAUAUGGGUUCAGGAGGGACCUCGAGCAUUCUAUAAAGGUCUCGUGCCAUCUCUUCUUGGGAUCAUCCCAUACGCUGGCAUCGACCUUACCGUCUAUGAAUCCUUGAAAGAUAUUUCAAGGUCAUAUAUUCUUCAAGAUAGUGAACCCGGUCCUAUUGUGCAAUUGGGCUGUGGAACAAUUUCUGGAGCUUUGGGAGCAACCUGUGUUUAUCCUUUGCAGGUUAUUAGAACUAGAAUGCAAGCUCAACGUGCUACCGCGGAUGCUGCAUAUAAUGGAAUGUCUGAUGUGUUUUGGAAAACCCUUCGUAAUGAAGGUUAUAGAGGUUUUUACAAAGGACUUUUUCCUAAUCUUCUGAAGGUUGUCCCAGCUGCAAGCAUUACAUAUUUGGUUUAUGAGGCUAUGAAAAAGAGUCUAGAACUCUAGAACUUGAAUUCUGCAGCCGGACCUAGUCGCCUUCUAUUUAUUGCGGAACGGGAAUUAGAGUUGACGAAAAAAACAACGGUAAUAAGAUGAUAAACGAGUAAGUUGAUUAUUUCGAGCUAGGUGAUAAUCCCCCCUUCAGAGAAUGGGGUGCAUAGUUUUGCAGUAAACAUUUUUUUAGAACAGGCUUAUCGAGACGAAUAUUGAGAAUCGAAUUAUAUGGCAUAAUU